AUUGUAAAUGAGUAGUUAGAAUGUACAGUCAGUUGACUUAGAAACGUCGUGGUGAACGCUACCGCAAUGCUCGCUGCGCGAUUAUCGUGCGUUCGGUGUGUGUGAUUUUGGUUUUUUUUUUUGGGCACACUGUAUAUAUAGAGUAGAUUGCGUCCAACUUCCAACCAGUGAUGCGCUAAGCCUCCCAAGAUGAGUUCAGUACUAUUGGAAGCACGGCCCUUCAGGCCCUUCAAGUCUAGUGAAGAGUAUCUAGUGGCCAUGAAGGAAGAUUUAGCCGAAUGGCUCCAAACUAUGUACCCAUCACUCGAAAUCAACGUCGACAACUUCAUGGAGAAGUUGGAAACGGGAGUUGUACUUUGUGAGCACGCCAAUGCCGUCAGGCAUCAAGCGGCCGAAUAUGUUGAAAAAAAACAGUCGAAGAAAAUCAUGACAAAAUCGGUGACUGGCAAUUUGGCACAUGCACAAAAACUAGUAAACAUUCCGGAAGUCAAGUACUUCACGACGGCCAAGCCGCAAACUUUCUUCGCCAGAGACAACGUUUCGAAUUUUAUUAGAUGGUGCAGGAACUCGCUGCAGAUCUUAGAGUGCUUGCUGUUUGAAUCAGACGACUUGAUUUUGAGGAAGAAUGAAAAACACGUCAUUUUGUGUCUUUUGGAAGUGGGAAGGGAGGCCGCAAAGUUCGGCAUGUUGGCCCCCAUGUUGGUGCAAAUGGAGCGCCAAAUCGACCGCGAGAUCGCCGCCGACCAGAAAAAACUCAACAACGGCCUCCACGACCAGAACAGCUUCGACGACGACGACGACAGCGAUAUGGAGGAAGAAACAAUGUUAAUUUACGGUCCUGUGCCACAAAUCGUCACCAACGACUUGAAAAGUCUCGACGAAAUGGUCCGCGACUUGGUCGCAAAGUGCACUUGUCCAACCCAAUUCCCCAUGAUCCGUGUCUCCGAAGGCAAAUACCGAAUCGGCGACACCAAAGUAUUAAUUUUCGUGAGGAUACUUCGAAACCACGUAAUGGUCCGAGUUGGCGGUGGAUGGGACACUCUGUCCCAUUAUUUGGACAAACACGACCCAUGUCGUUGUCGCUCGCAACACAGAACAACCCAAGGCGCCCGUCUGGUCAAUAAACCAGGUGCCCCAGACUUACACGGUUCACACGUUUACUACGACCGUGCGCCAAUCCCGACAAUUGCAACUCCAAGCCACACCUCCAGCUCCGCCUCAACUCUAGGCCCACCAAUGAACUCACUGAACCGGUCCCGGUCACGUUCACCGUCUUAUUUGAACGACAGACGAUCAGUUAGUCCAAACCUACCGCGCAAAUCUUUAGUACCUCCCACUAGAUCCAGAAGCCCCACCCCCAACUACACAUCGUCACACCACGCCACGCUUAAAACUAAAGCCACGCCCACAACGUCACCAAAACACAAAAAUCACGUCGCCUUGAUACAAGUCCCCAUUGAAAAUCGGCUUAAAUCCGAAACUUCGAUCCAAAUAAAUGAAGAUCAAAGUGAUACGACGUCCGAAGUUUCGGACGAAGGUUACCGAAGUUUGGGCGCAAUUCAGGACAAAACCAAAAAACGCCUCAGUCAAGACUCAGUCGAUGAUGCAGAUUAUAACGGAGAGCAUCAUAUUGACAGUAUUGACGACACAAACGACGUCGGUUUGCGUAAAACCUCCUACUCGCAGCGAAUCUACGAGGAGGCCACGCCCAAGCCCCUCCCCAAAUCGCGCGAGCCUAGUGUUGAUCGCUCCACCCCUAAAUCCUCCCCCAAGAAAAUCCACGGUACGUGGAACGGCCGUCAGAAACAGGCACGUCCCACCCUUCAAAUCGAGACUUUCAGUCCGCCCCUGCAAAGACACGCCCCCUCGAGGCGGAGCGAACGUCGCCAUUCGUCGGCAAGCACAUCGCCGACCAAAGGCGGGCUUAAAGAAGUUUUGAUAAAUACAGUAACGCAAAUCGAUGAUGAAGCUUUAAUGGCCCAACAAGUCCAAGAACUGCUAAAACAGUACACUUUUGAUUUCAAGGACGAGGGGCGGUUUGUGAGAGGCGGCAGCGAAAGGAUGUCCUACAGGAGUCCGAGGAAGGACUCACGGCCUGAUAAUAACCUAUCUAGGAUCCCCGCCCCCGUUUUGUAGACUUGGGGGAUUUUCUAGGGUAUUUUUUUACGACGGUUAGAGUAGAGUCCCUGUUUCGACCGUUUUGUUUUUGGUGCUAAUUUGAUGUGAUGAUUUUUCAAAUUUUUAUCAUGUUGUUACGAGAAAAAAUGCUCAAUUUUUUUCGAUUUGAACGGUUAGUUUUGAGAGGAUACCACCAGUUUAGAUUAUAUUUAAACACCCUGUAUAACACUAAUAAUGGAUUUAGUGCAACUUUUAACAUGCUACUGGCAACUUAUAGGUCUAAUUAUAUUAAUUUAUACUUAAUUUUGUAUAAAACAACCAUUAACAUUUGAUAUUUUCUAUUAUACGUUUUUAAUUAAAAAAAAAAUAACUAAUUUUAUGAUAAUUCAGAUUUUAGAAUCUCGGUUCACACAAGUAGAAACCCUAUUUCAUACCAUUGUAUGCUUUUCUAAGGCAAUAAAUCGUAGAUUUUAAUUUAUUCGACUUUAUCUCCUCCCCGACAUAUACACUAAAUAAAAAAAUAUUUUAAUAAAAAAACAACAAAUAAUAUUACAUUAAACCCAUUUUGUACCCAUAUACCAAAAUAAAUUAUAGACUUUGA